GUUCGUUAGUUCCGCGAAGUUUCUGUUGGCGUUAAGUUCAGUCGACUCACUUGACUAAUGUACGAGAAAAUGGUUGUGACGCUUCAUCCUCCCAGCCCUGCUCAAUCCGAUAUGGUGGAUAUGCUUAACGAGCUGAUCAAGGCAAUACGAGCAUUUCUUUAUGCUUAUGAUUCCAUCGUACUGCACAAAGAGCUGUAUCGGAGUCUAUUUAUGUUCACAUUGAACAAUUUAAGGGAAAUGGUUUUAGAGCUUCUUUUAAGAUUUAGUACGCUGCCGGAAAAAGAUAACAAGAGUAAGGAGAUUGAAUGCUGUGGAUAUUUUUUCAACAAGUAUGACGCAUGUAAAGAUCAUUACGAUCAUGUACAUAAUAAGAAAACAAUGCAAGCAGCUUCUUUAUGUGAGCUGAAAAUGUCUUUGACAAAAAUAACUUUUUUCGAACGAAGAGUACGAGGAUAUCUUAAAGCAGGCGAAAUAUCUAGUUGUGAGAUGGUAUUGCUUUUGAAAAAGGUUGUUCAGAACAUUGACAACACACUGGAGUUUUAGGACACUUGUGCAGAUUUGUAGGUCAAUACAUUUUUUAAACUGAAUGCAAUAAAACGGUAACGACAGGUAGGGUAUCGGCAGGUAUUUCCGGCAGGCUAUUGCGCUACGGCACGCCUCUCUUAAGCCGUAAUUAGAUCUUAUAGUUCAAUUUCAACUAGCAGCAUUGUAUAUUGUCGAUAACGGAGCAACUUUGGCAAAAUAAUGUUUCUAUCCUUGGUUUUUAAGCCUGUGCCGGGAAUUGGAUCUUGCUGAGAAUACCAUCCGAAACCCUAUUUCUAACAGGAGUUCUGUUCCAUUAUUUGGUAAAGAAUCGAGGAAAGCCAAAACUCCGCAAUAAUAUCUAAUCAAAUUUCCAGUCUCUGGCAGUGGCAUUAGGGAUACAAUAUUCGUGCAACCAUUUUGUUAUUAUAAUUGCAAGAAUCUUGGAUCCGGGAGCUGGAAGGUGACAGCUUUAUUGUAACUCCUAUAGCCCGUUUUAAGAACGUAUGCGUUCCAAAGUUAUAGUCGUAUAAAAUAAGCCCAGCAUGAUUGCAACCACAUAUCACAGACACACAGACGUAACAGCUAGAACAACAAAUCCAUCGUCCAGUUACUUCACCACCACCUCACGUGCAUGUUGCACGAAAAAAAGUUUAGUACGACAAUGUCAACAGAAGGCACUAGUGUGAGAUGUCAAAUACAAAGGUAACCGAUGCGCGCGCCGCUGACUGUGAAACUUAUAGUAUUUGAAUUUAAAACGAGCGUGGGGCUCAUGGUCGAUGGGAAUUUCAUCAGUGUUACGUCUGUUUGUCUGUGUGCAUAUCAUAAGAAUAUCUGAAAUGCAUUCACACUUCCUGAAUUAAAAUUGAAUCCUUUUUGAAUAAAAAUAUAAAUCAUAAUUUGCAGUUUAUCAUACAAUGGCUCAUCAUUUUUCUAGCUAGGUUAUCCUUGAAUCGGACAUCCUUGUUCAUUUGCAUUGCGAUUAUCGCAUUAUCACAUUACAUUACCCUUGCUAACAAUCGAUCAUCCUAUUAUUGCACAAACAUGCGCUAUAGGGCACUGCAUGGACUGGAAAUUAGAAAACAAGAGGGCCAGUAAAUCGGCACAAACAUUUCAAAAGGGCGAAACUGCUUUUGUAAACAAGAGCUUCUCACAUCGUUGAUGGGCUAAUUUGAACCGACCUACACAAUCUAGCACAGCAAAGCAGUAAAGCUCAAGUUCGUUGGAUACAGUGAUGUUUCAAAACUGUAUCGUUUGCUGGAUCCAAAAAGCGGAAGAACCAGGCUACUGACAUCCUAUUGUUUAGUCCAUCGGCAGAUCGUAGCCAGGAUGUCCCGGGCACUAA